AUGUACAGAUACUUUCAUUUUUGUUCCACGCCAGGACCCAUCACAAUAGAGAUUCGUGAAUCACAGGGCCGCCGGCGGUUCAUAGAAGCGAACACGGCCUCCAAUGGGACCAGCUCUACCAUGGCAACCCGGGUAUUUUGGCGCUUUCAUGCUCGCUUGACUCGGCCUUGUCGCGUCGUAUACGCGGGACCACAUUUCCAAGCCGGUCUGUCGUACACGCAGGCCUUGGUGCGGGAGCGGGGUCUGGAACAGUGCGUCGAACUCGUGCACGCCCCCACCGAUGCGCAACUGUGGGAACUGGCACCCACGGUGGAUGUGGCGGUCCCGUUUAUGCAAUCGUUCCGUGCCGAUUUUAUCGAACGGGCGUCGCGGAUGCGCCUGAUAAUGCAGUACGGGGUAGGUUUGGAAGGAGUGGACGUGGACUCUGCGACGAAGCACGGUAUCGCCGUGUCCAACAUACCCGCGGCCGGGACGGGGAACGCGGAAGCGACGGCAGAGCAUGCUAUUUUUCUUUCGCUGAGUUUGCUGCGGAGAGCGUUUCAGGACUUACCUCAGAGGUUCCAAGGACGCAUUCUCGGGGGGUUGCCGAUUCCAAAGUCGCUUUUUCAAAAGAAUGUCACUGUCGUGGGCUACGGAGCUGUUGGUUCAAAGAUCUGCGAGUAUCUGAAUGCUAUGGGAGCAAAGGUGACAGUUGUACGAAAACAUUGGACAGUGGAACCGGAGAGAGGCAUUCACAAGGCAAGAUCCCUAGGGGAAUGCCUGCCCACAACCGAUCUCCUCAUUCUCGCGUGUCCCCUUACUACCGAAACUUUCCAUAUGCUGAACGAGGAAACCCUUUCACUCUUACCUCGUCAAGGCUCGCUUGUGGUGAAUAUUGGGAGAGGCCCACGUGUGGAGCAUAGUGCGGUUUGGCGGGCUUUGAAUUCAGGUCGAGUAGGCGGUUACGCUUCGGACGUUGGAGUUGGACAUCCUGUGAAACCGUCAGAACCUUGGGACCCAGACGACGAUUUGAGCCGCCAUGCUAAUGUGUUGUUUACACCUCACGUUGGAGGUUACACUUAUUACAGCUACAACCUGAUGUGCAAAGCUGUUGUGGACGCCAUUGACGAUGUGCGCUGUGGUAGGCCCCCUGAUAUGGGUAAAUUCCAAGUUGAGGUCGACUGA